AAUUAACGGAGGUGGUUUCCUAGAUCUCUUUAACCCACUACGCCGACCGACGUACCCUGCUAUUGUCCGCCGACCACUUCGAAGCAAAAGUUCUCUCUUUUUUUUCCAACUAAUUUUUUUAUACUUUGCCUCCUGUUUGUGUACAUACGGCGUAGUAUCUAAAGAUAAGAUACAUCAUACAUGAGACCAGACGAUAUUUUAACUUCAGAAACUGACUACCUAGCACGCCGUGCUCAACGCCAUUCCUCCGCAUAUUGGCAUUCUAUAACACCUUUGCACCAACAUCGCAUAGUAUUGUUUAUGCUCUCUAUGCGCCAUUCUCACCCGCUACGGUAACUUAAUUGCAAGCGACUUGAAGUCUUUGCGCUUGCAGUCUAAAGGGGACGAAGAAAGACUUGCCUGAGAUUGUUGAUCGAUUCCUAUUACCUACCUACUCAUUCCGUGGAUGAGUAUAUAUAUCUUGAUACCCAUUCGCUUUCGUUCUUGUUCAUAACUUUUACAUCCACACUUCACUUCACUUCACUUCGAAGCAUACGUCUUCAGGUUGGUCGUGUUCACCAAGAACACGACCGCAUACAGCUAAUUCAGAAUGGCGACUGAAUACAACAAGCCGCAGUUUCAAGCUCCUUCCACCACCGUCGAGGUAUCCGGCAGCAAUGGUAGCGAGCACCACCACGACCAGGGUGUCGACCAUGCGGUUGAUACCAAUGAUGUAGUUGGCCAGGGUUUGCAGCACCUUGAGGCCAAGAAGAUUCACUGGUAUUCCUACCUCACCACCAAGGACUUCUGGAUCGUUCUCUCGCUGGGCCAGAUUCUUGCCCUCUGCAUCACUGCCACUAACACCUUCUCGACCUUUCUGGUUAACUACGGCACCUCCAUCCCUGCCUUCCAGACUGUGUUUAUGUAUAUUCUGCUGUCUCUCGGUUACCUGCCUUACACCCUAUACAAGUACGGUCCUAAGAAAUAUGGCCAGAUUCUCCUCAAGGACGGCUGGAAGUACUUCAUCCUUAGCUUCCUCGAUGUGCAGGGAAACUACUUCACCGUCUUGGCCUACCGCUACACUAACAUCCUCUCGGCGCAACUCAUCAACUUCUGGGCCAUCGUCUGCGUGGUCUUCGUCUCGUUCCUCCUGCUCCGCGUCCGCUACAAGCUCUUCCAGAUCCUCGGAAUCCUGAUAUGCUGCGGUGGCAUGGGCCUCUUGCUCGCUAGCGACCACAUCCAGGGCAUCAACGGCGGCGCCGGAGAGAGCAUCCUCAAGGGCGACCUGUUCGCCCUCGUCGGCGCCACCUGCUACGGCCUCACCAACGUCUUCGAGGAGUGGUACGUCAGCAAGCGCCCCAUGUACGAGGUGCUCGCGUUCAUGGGCCUGUUCGGCAUGCUCAUCAACGGCGUGCAGGCGGCCAUCUUCGACCGCCAGAGCUUCCAGGAGGCGACGUGGAACGGCUCGGUCGCGGGCUACCUGGUCGGGUACACGCUCGUCCUCGCCUUCUUCUACUCGAUCGUGCCCUUCCUGCUGCGCAUCGCCUCUGCCGCAUUUUACAACAUCUCGCUCCUCACCGCCAACUUCUGGGGCACGAUCAUCGGCAUCCACGUCUUCGGCUACGCCAUCCAUUACCUGUACCCCAUCGCCUUUGUCCUCAUCAUCGUCGGCCUCACCGUCUACUUCCUUGCCGGCAGCAUCCUCGGCGAGUCCAAGAAGCCGUGGCUCGGCGACAACCAGGAGGAGGGCGUCGUCGGCUUCGGAACCGCGAAGCUCAAGGCACUCAACAUGGCGCGCAAGCAGGGCUUGGUUCAGGGCAACAACACUGUCUAAGUUUGGUUUUUCUAGGAAAGGGAUAGGGUUGGGGGGUUAAUAAUAUUAGGGUGGUGCAUUUUGGUAGAAUUGGAGCCUGGGGAGGAGGUUUCUAUGAUUGAUGGAGGUACUUUUGAUUUUGAAGAAAUCGGGGUUUUGUCCUCGGGGACCUCUGUAUUGGAUGACUGAAUAGUUUAGUUGUUGUUAUAAUUACUAUUACUAUUAAACCUA